GGAGAGGAAGAAACUCAGAGAAGAGAGAAAGGUAGAGGAAGAGUGCGCUGAGAGGCAGAGAGCUCGAGGAGGAGGAGGACGAGGACGAGGAGUUGUAGAGGAGCGUGUGCUCGCUCGCUCGCUCGCUCAUUCAAGAGCUCUCCGCUGCAGCUGCUACCUUUGCCUUCUUCUGCUGCUCGCUUGAAGCGGUGACGGGAGCGAUCUGUAUUUGGGAACGAAGGAGGUUGGGAUCGGAGCUGGCUGGUCGUGAUCAUUGUGUUCGGCGAGAAGUUGGAAGAGGAGGAGAGCGAAUCCGGGGAAUUGCGCUUUGUUUGUGACAGGACCCGCGCGGGCGCACAACAUGGAUGGCUUGAUAGGGUUGGUUAAUAGAAUACAGAGGGCUUGCACGGUGCUCGGAGAUAAUGGAGGCGAGAAUGCUCUCGGAAGUUUGUGGGAUGCUUUGCCCUCGGUGGUUGUGGUCGGAGGACAGAGUUCAGGAAAGUCGUCAGUGUUGGAAAGUGUUGUCGGGAAAGAUUUUCUUCCUCGUGGAUCAGGUAUCGUCACGAGACGACCGCUAGUGUUACAGUUGCAAAAGACUGAGGAUGGAACGAGGGAGUGGGCUGAGUUUCUUCAUGCUCCUCGAAAGAGGUUUGAGGACUUUGCUCUUGUCAGGAAGGAAAUUUCCGAUGAAACAGACAGGGUUGGUGGUCGAAAGGGAAUUUCAAAAAUUCCAAUUCAUCUUACAGUCUACUCUCCGAAUGUGGUCAAUCUUACCCUGGUGGAUCUUCCCGGGUUGACGAAGGUCGCCGUCGAGGGACAAUCGGAUAGCAUUGUUGCUGACAUUGAGGACAUGGUUCGUUCAUACGUUGAGAAGCCGAAUUCCAUCAUCUUGGCCGUAUCCCCAGCUAAUCAGGAUAUUGCUACUUCUGACGCUAUCAAGAUUGCCCGAGAAGUCGAUCCCAAUGGUGAACGUACAUUUGGAGUGGCUACCAAGCUGGAUCUCAUGGACAAGGGUACAAAUGCGCUUGAUGUGUUGGAGGGGCGAACAUACCGCCUACAACUUGGGUGGGUUGGAGUUGUGAACAGGUCUCAACAAGAUAUCAAUAAGAACACCGAUAUGCUUGCUGCCAGAAGACGGGAGCGUGAAUACUUUCAAACCAGUCAAGAUUACGGGCACUUGGCCAGCCGGAUGGGUUCUGAGUAUCUUGGAAAGCUAUUGUCUAAGCAUUUGGAACAAGUGAUCAAGGCUCGUAUUCCGAGCAUCUUGGCCAUGAUCAACAAGAGCAUCGACGAUUUGGAGAACGAGUUAAAUCUUCUAGGUCGUCCAAUUGCUGUCGACUCUGGGGCUCAACUUUACACCGUGCUCGAGCUUUGCAGGGCGUUUGACCAUGUCUUCAAGGAUCACCUUGACGGAGGGCGACCUGGUGGUGAACGGAUUUACUCGGUUUUUGAUAAUCAGCUGCCAGCAGCUCUUAAAAGACUACCAUUCGACAAGCACCUCAGUAUGCAAAAUGUACGAAAGGUUGUGUCAGAAGCUGAUGGUUAUCAGCCACAUUUGAUCGCCCCCGAGCAGGGUUAUCGUCGAUUAAUUGAGAGCUCAUUGGCCUACUUCAAAGGACCAGCUGAGGCUGUUGUUGAUGCGGUCCACUUUAUUCUGAGAGAUCUUGUCAGGAAAUCCGUCGGUGAAACUCAGGAAUUGAAGCGAUUUCCCACACUUCAAGGAGAGUUGGCGGCUGCAGCUAUUGAAUCUCUAGAGAAGUUCCGCGAUGAGAGCAAGAAGACAGCUAUCAGAUUGGUUGAGAUGGAAUCGAGUUAUCUGACAGUAGAUUUCUUCCGUAAGCUGCCCCAAGAGAUGGAAAAGGGAGGAAAUCCCGGGUCCUCUUCUAUGGACCGCUACACAGACGGUCACCUACGAAGAAUUGGUUCAAAUGUUGCAUCAUAUGUGGGCAUGGUCUGUGACCUCCUAAGGAAUUCUAUUCCCAAGGCUGUAGUGCACUGUCAAGUACGGGAAGCAAAGCGGGCAUUGUUGGAUCACUUUUACAUCGUCGUUGGACAAAAGGAGAGUAAGCAAUUAUCGCAGAUGCUGGAUGAGGAUCCAGCUCUGAUGGAACGCAGGACAGCGCUGGCUAAGAGAUUGGAGCUAUAUAAGACGGCGCGAAAUGAGAUUGACUCCGUUGCCUGGGCCAAACUUCAAAAAGGUGUGAGAAAUGUGAGAAAUAUUGAUGACAGAGUUCAUAAAUCAGAGGAUGCUGGGCCCCUAGCCACCUUUUGUACCGGAGCUGAGGGUCCAUCGAGUAUAUGAAACGCAGUCGAAUCUUAACUUUGGAGUGUGAUCUCAGCGGAAGACCUGAAAGAGAAAGGUGGAAAUUAAAAGGCAGGUGCGGAAGAGAGGAAAAGUGUGCGCACUGGAACAGUCGUGUGAGAACCACAGCAGGCCGAAGUCGGAGUAAAGUGGACGAGCACUUUUAAUCACUCGUGAAUCUCUGACGUGAAGUUCCAUACUGCGAUCUGGAUUUCAACUGCAAGGUAGACCGUUGACACUGUCUACGUUGCUGUCAACCAGGAAAAUCAUGCGAAUCGAAAACCGGGGGAGAGUAAUGACUUAAUCUAACGAUAUAUUUUGUCAUUUCAACCACCUGUUUUGUAUUUCGGGAUUCAUAAAAGGUAGUCCUUGUUUGUACAUUAUCACAACGUAGGCCCAAUCAAGUUAGAGCCAAUGAAGUUAGAAGAGUUGCGAGGAAGGACGUAUUUUUCUCCUCAUUUCGUCACACUCUACGUCACGAUUCAGCCCACAUUACCUUCGUCAUAUCCUCUUCAUAAUUCAGUUGAUUAACUCUUGCUGUAUAGAAAGAUUUCUUCAACUGAACACUUCUUGAAAUCCUUUUCUUGCUUGAGAAGGAGAAGACCAAUACAACAUAAGUGAAGAACAAUUGG